AUGGACCUUCCCAGUACAAAUAAUGCCACAAAUACUUCCAGCAAUCCCAAAGCAAAGGCAAACCCUUGCAUUUGGACCGGUAUCUCAUGCAACGCUGCUAGAAGUGUCAACAAGAUAAACCUUACCAAUUUUGGUAUACAAGAUACUAAUCAACUCAGUGGUUCAAUCCCGACAACAUUAGGUGAUUUGACCAACCUUACCACCCUCUAUCUCUUUUUAAAUAAUCUUUCUAGCACUAUUCCUAUGCAGAUGGGAAACUUGAAAUAUUUGGUGGAUUUACACUUGGGUUCCAAUCAACUCAGUGGUUCAAUUCCUACAACAUUAGGUAAUUUGACCAACCUUAUCAUUCUCUAUCUAUAUUCAAAUAAUCUUUCUGGCACUAUUCCUAUGGAGAUAGGAAAUCUAAAAUCAUUGGUGGAUCUAAGGUUGGACUUUAAUCAACUCAGUGGUUCAAUUCCGACAACACUGUGGGAUCUGACCAACCUUACCACUCUCUAUCUCUUUUCAAAUAACCUUUCUGGAACUAUUCCUAUGGAGAUGGGAAACAUGAAAUCAUUGGUGACUCUAGACUUGGCCACCAAUCAACUCAGUGGUUCAAUUCCAACUUCAUUAUGUGAUUUGCCUAACUUGGAGAAUUUAUUCCUCUUUGAAAACCAACUCUCUGGCUCCAUUCAAGAGAUAGGAAAUAUCCCGAAGCUCACAGAACUGGAAAUAUGCAAUAUAUCUGAAGACUUUGGUGUUUAUCCAAGUCUUAAUUUUAUAGAUUUGAGCAACAAUCAACUUUAUGGUGAAAUCUCACCAAAUUGGGGAUUGUGCCCAAAUUUAACAAACCUACGAAUAGCAGGAAACAAACUUACUGGUUCUAUACCAUCUGAGAUUGGAAGCGCAACCCAAAUUCAUGAGCUGGAUCUUUCUUCAAAUGGUUUAGUCGGGACAAUUCCAAAGGAGUUUGGGGGAUUAACUUCAAUGGUGAAGUUGAUGUUGGAUGGCAAUCAACUUUCAGGUCGUGUCCCUUCAGAGUUGAAAUCAUUGCAUGAUCUAGAAUAUCUUGAUCUAUCAGCAAACAAAUUCAAUGAUUCAAUUCCAAGCUUUGUAGGUGACUUUCUCAAGUUAAAUUACUUGAAUUUGAGCAACAACAAGUUCAGUCAAGCGAUUCCAUUUCAAUUAGGGAAGUUAAUUCAUCUCUCCCAACUAGAUUUGAGUUUUAACGCAGUUAAAGGUCGGAUACCAUCAGAUAUUAGUAAUAUGCAGAGUUUGGAGAUACUUAAUAUAUCCCACAACAAUCUUUCUAGUUUCAUUCCAAAAAGUUUUGAAAAUAUGCGCGGGUUGUCGUAUGUAGACAUAUCCUACAAUGAGUUGGAAGGUCCACUUCCCAACAACAAAGCAUUUCAAGCUGCUACUCAAGAAGCAUUGCAAGGGAACAAGGGCUUGUGUGGCAACGCACGAUUUUUGCAACCCUGCAAUAAACAAAACCCAAAAAAGGAACAUAAACUCGUAUUUUUGAUAAUCUUCCCUAUUCUUGGAGCAUUUUCACUUCUAGCCUUUAUAUUUGCAUUGGUAGCAAAAAGGAAAAAGAAACAUCACCACCAUGGAGAAAAAACCAACAUGAACGAAGAAAUUUCUUUCUCAAUAUUAAAGUUUGAUGGAAAGAAGAUGUUUGAGGAAAUAGUAAGGGCAACAGAAGAUUUUGAUCCCAUGUAUUGCAUAGGGCAGGGAGAACAGGGAAGUGUCUACAAAGCAACUUUGUCUUCCACUUACACAGUGGCCGUGAAGAAACUCCAUUUGCCAUGCGAUGAUGACAAGAAUCUUCAGAAGGCAUUCUUGAAUGAAAUUAGGGCACUAACUGAGAUGAGUCACCGAAAUAUUGUGAAGCUUUAUGGAUUUUGUUCACAUAAGCGACACUCAUUUUUGGUGUAUGAUUAUCUGAAAAAGGGUAGUUUGGCCACAAUGUUGAGCAAAGAUGAGGAAGCCAAAGAACUGGGGUGGAGUAAAAGGGUGAAUAUAGUUAAAGGUGUAGCUCAUGCCUUGUGUUACAUGCAUCACGAUUGUUUCCCACCGAUUGUGCAUCGGGACAUAUCGAGUAAGAACAUUUUGCUGGAUGAUGAAUAUGAGGCCUGUGUUUCAGACUUUGGCACUGCAAAGUUCUUAAAUCCAGACUCGGCUAAUUGGAGUGCCCUUGCAGGCACAUAUGGAUAUGUUGCACCAGAGCUUGCUUAUACCAUGGAAGUGAAUGAGAAGUGUGAUGUUUAUAGCUUUGGAGUGGUGACAUUGGAGACAGUUAUGGGAAGACAUCCUGGAGAUCUGCUCUCAUCUCUAUCUUCGGGGGCGUGUUCAUCAUCAUCAUCAUCGUCAACUGCAUUACCAGCCCAUCAAAUGCCAGUUGUGGAUGUUUUGGACAAACGCAUUUCCCCUCCUACACGUGAAGUUGCAGGAGAAGUUGUCUCUGUUGUGAAGGAUGCAAACCAAUUUUCGGGUUAUUUGCCACAUAACAUUUGCCGAGCUGGAUCUUUCAGAUACUUUUCAGCAUUCUCCAAUCAUCUGAGUGGUCCAAUCCUUAAAUUUUUGAAAACCUGCACUAGCUUAUUCAGAGUCCGUCUUGAAGGGAACCAAUUGACAAGCAAUAUAUCUGAAGACUUUGGUGUUUAUCCAAGUCUCAAUUUUAUAGAUUUGAGCAACAAUCAACCUUAUGGUGAAAUCUCACCAAAUUGGGUAUUGUGCCCAAAUUUAACAAGCUUACGAAUAGUUGCAAACAAACUUACUGGUUCUAUACCAGUUGAGAUUGGAAACGCAACCCAAAUUCGUGUGCUGGAUCUUUCUUCAAAUGGUUUAGUUGGGACAAUUCCAAAGGAGUUUGGGGGAUUAACUUCAAUAGUGAAGUUGAUGUUGGAUGGCAAUCAACUUUCAGGUCAUGUCCCUGCAGAGUUGAAAUCAUUGACUGAUCUAGAAUAUCUUGAUCUAUCAGCAAAAAAAUUCAAUAAUUCAAUUCCAAACUUUGUAGGUGACUUUGUCAAGUUAAAUCACUUGAAUUUGAGCAACAAUAAGUUCAGUCAAGCAAUUCCAUUUCAGUUGGAGAAGUUAAUUCAGUUGUCCCAACUGGAUUUGAGUUUCAAUGUAGUUGAAGGUCAGAUACCAUUAGAUAUUAGUAAUAUGCAGAGUCUAGAGAUACUUAAUAUAUCCCACAACAAUCUUUCUGGUUUCAUUCCAAUGAGUUUUGAAACCAACAAUGACUUGGAAGGUCCACUUCCAACAACAAAGCAUUUCAAGCUGUUACUCAAGAACCAUUGCAAGGGAACAAGGGCUUGUGUGGCAAAGCACGAUUUUUGCAACCCUGCAAUAAACAAAGCCCAAAAAAGGAUCAUAAACUCUUGUUUAUGA